GUGUCUUGGUCAUUCACUUCGGCCAUGUUGCUUGUUUAUUUUGAACUGUGAUUGAAACACAAAAUCCUCGGUUAACUCGUUUUUUAUUUAGGUUUUUAUUCGGAUAAAGCUUCCUUUGUCUCACCGGGUGGUGUUGCCGAGAGUCAUAAUGUCGGAUCCCCACGACGAACUGUGUCCACCCAAUAAUCCAGAGGAGGAUGAGCUUACGUUGCCUCGGGCUAGUAUCAACAAAAUCAUUAAGGAAUUGGUCCCGUCGAUACGAGUAGCAAACGAGAGCCGUGAGUUAAUCCUGAAUUGCUGCACGGAAUUCAUCCAUCUGAUCAGUUCGGAAGCGAACGAAGUGUGCAACCUGAGAAACAAGAAAACAAUAAACGCGGAGCAUGUUUUGGAAGCACUAGAUCGAUUGGGGUUCAAGGAUUACAAACACGAAGCUGAAGCGGUACUAAAUGACUGCAAGCAGGUGGCAGCCAAACGGCGAAGGCAAAGCACUCGGUUGGAAAACUUGGGCAUUCCGGAGGAGGAGCUGCUGAGACAACAGCAAGAACUUUUUGCCAAGGCCCGCGAAGAACAGGCAGCUGCCGAACAGCAGCAAUGGUACAGUCUUCAGCAAAACGCAGAACUUUACCAGAAGCAGUUGUCCCAAGAUGAGGAUGAUAGUGACGACUACUAGGUGGAAAGGUACGAUAAUUUGGGAGUUUAAUAGGCUUAAUUGUAUAAAAGGAACAAUAAAAUGUAAUUGAAUUUCGUGUA